UAAAAAGGUUUCUCAUGUUCUUACUAUCAGACAGCACUAAACUAACACAAGUGUCGGUCUCAAUUGUUCACAAUUCACAUUUCAAUCCCGAGAUCACCGGAAUCAAUCCCGCCUCCAUUUUUGUCCUUCUUCACUCUUCCGACACUAGAUCUCAUUUCUUCCUUUCCUUCUCUCUCCUUCAAUCACCAUGUCCAAUCCCCUUCAUUUCUCUCUCAUCAUUCUCCUUCUUCUCGUAACCCCGUUCCUAUCGCUCUCUUCCGAAGACGUUCCUUCCUCUGACGAUGAUGACUUAUCCGAAAUCGAUGAACUCUUAGCAGUUGACGAACAAGAAGAACGAGACUCUUUACAAAAGGAUAUUUCUUCUGAAGCCAAAGUUUUGAGUAAAGCUCAAAGAAUUGUAGUGGAAUUAAACAAUGAUAAUACCCAGAAAACAAUUGAGCAAAAUGGGUUUGUUCUUCUUUUGGGUUAUACUCCUUGGUGUCCAAGAAGUGCUGAAUUAAUGCCCCAAUUUGCUGAAGCUGCUAAUUUGUUGAAUGAAUUGGGUUCUCCUCUUUUAUUGGCUAAAAUUGAUGCUGAAAGGUACCCCAAAACGGCAUCGGCUUUGGAUAUCAAAGGGUAUCCUACUUUGCUGCUUUUCACUAAUGGGACUUCUCAGCCUUACACCGGUGGAUUUACUGCGGCUGAGAUUGUGAUAUGGGCAAGGAAGAAGAUUGGUGAUCCUGUCGUUAGAUUGAAUUCAGUCAUUGAAGCUGAAGCAUUUGCUAAAAAGUACAGUAUGUUUGUUCUUGGGCUGUUUGAGAAAUUUGAGGGCCAUCAGUACGAAGAGUUUUUCAAAGCUGCAACUUUAGACAAUGAAAUUCAGUUUUUUGAAACUGAUUCUGAUGAGGUUGCAAAAAGUCUUUUCUCCGAUAUCAAAGCUACAAAACCGUUCAUUGGUCUUGUUAAGAGUGAACCAGAAAGAUACACAAGCUUCGAAGAGGCCUUGGAAACGGACAAAAUUUUACAAUUUUUGGAUUUAAACAAGUUUCCAUUAGUUAUAACUCUCACUGAGCUGAAUUCUGCUAAAGUUUACUCCAGCGCCAGGACACUCCAGGUUUACAUAUUUGCAAAGUCUGAUGAAGUCAAGUCUCUUCUUCAACCACUUCAAGAAGUAGCCAAAAAAUUUAAAUCAAAGAUAAUGUUCAUAUAUGUGGAAAUUACUCAGGAGAACCUUGCAAAACCUUUCUUGACCCUUCUGGGAUUAGAAGAUUCUCAAAAGAUCGUUGUUGCUGCUUUUGAUAGCAAAAUUAGCACAAAGUAUCUGCUGGAAACAGAACCAACUCUUGGUGCAAUAGAAGAGUUCUGCGCUGGGUUGUUGCACGGGACUGUUCCAAUGUAUUUUAAGUCACAACCCAUACCUAAUAAUGAAAAUGCUAGUAUCCAGAUUGUUGUGGGAAAAACAUUUGAUUACCUGGUCUUGGGCAGUCCUAAGAAUGUUUUUCUUGAGGUCUACACACCAUGGUGCAUGAGUUGUGAUGCGACAAGCAAGCAAGUGGAGAAGUUGGCAAAACAUUUUAAAGGUUUGGAAAAUCUAAUCUUUGCAAAGAUAGAUGCUGCUGCUAAUGAGCAUCCAAGACUUGAGGUCACUGAUUACCCUUCUCUAUUGUUUUAUCCAGCAGCUGAUAAAUCAAAUCCGAUUAAAUUAUCUGCGAAAUCGAGUUUGAAGGAUUUGGGAGCAUUCAUCAAGAAAAAUGUUAAACCCGAAGAUAAUGUAGCUAAAAAAGAUGAAUUAUAGAAAUUUAGAAUGCCUUCUUUUAGUUUUUAGAUUGCCAAUCUACCAUAUAUCUUCCAUCCAGCGGCAAUUGAGCUCGGAAACGUGAGAGAAAAAGAGUGAAAUAUUCAAUGUGCAGAAUGCAGAUUCAAGGAAAGAUUAGAUUCAAAAAAAAAAAAAAAAAAGAAGAUCAAUUAUAGUAUGAAGAUAAUUUUAUGACCAAAACCACACUAAAGUAAGGCAUAUUUUUUAGUUUCUUUAAAGGAAAAGGUUGGAAUAUUGGAUUUUAUUCCAACUAUUUUAAACCCAAAUACUUGUUAUCGUAAGAUGCAUUCUAUGUAAGAGUUGAAUAGCUCAAUUAAUAAAUUAUUAGCAUGUAGACUCUUUAUUA